CCAAGCUAGAAAUCGAGAUAGAUAGUCUCCGCAUGUGGGCGGAUAGUAAAUGUGAGAACAAAAGAAGAUAGAAACAGCAGCCUCUCUCUCCGCAGUCCAAACACAGAGCCGAGCCAAAGCAAAAUAGGUACUAACUAACCAUAAUAAUAUGUUAUAGCAAAACCAUAUAUAAUGAAUUAAUGCGGAUUUGGAGUUAUUAAGCGGAGUAAGUCGAGACUUACUCUUGAAGUCGACUAUCCCUAUAUAUAUAUAUAUGGCAGCAAAACCCAUUUUACAUCAUCCUUAGCUGUGAUCUUAGUUGAUUUUAGAUGCAUAAUUAAUUAAUUGUCGAGUGAUCCUUUAACUUUUAGCUUGUGAACACUAGUCGGGAAAUCAAUCGGUCUGUGGCUAUCUAUUUACUUAUCAAACUCCAUUCUUUGAGCUCAGCAUCAACAAGAGUGGGAGAGUGGUGCCACUGGAGGAUUUUUCAGAGUCAUUCUGUAGAAACAGACAAGUUUUCGAGCAUCUAAAAUGGAAAAACAGAAGAGUUUUCGUGGAUUUAUGGAAAAACAGAAAAGUUUUCGUGUUGUGAUGGAGAAGCAGCUCAGCUUCAUGGGAAGCGAGAGGAAGAAGAGCAAGGAAUCACCCGGGAAACGUGGUGACUUACCCAUUCAUUUAGCUGCCCGGGCAGGGAACUUGAGUAGAGUGAAAGAGAUACUUCAAAACUGCUCUAAUUAUGAGACCAAGGAUUUUUUGGCAAAGCAGAACCUUGAGGGGGAGACCCCUCUUUACGUGGCUUCAGAGAAUGGACAUGAUUUGGUUGUUAGUGAGAUACUAAAAUACCUGGACUUGCAAACUGCUUCUAUUGUUGCCAGAAAUGGCUACGACCCGUUCCAUGUUGCUGCAAAGCAGGGUCAUCUUGAGGUGCUGAGAGAACUGCUGCACUCUUUCCCCAACUUGGCCAUGACUACGGAUUUGUCCAAUUCAACUGCUUUACACACAGCUGCUACCCAAGGUCACAUUGAUGUGGUGAAUCUCCUUUUGGAAUCAGAUUCAAACCUUGCAAAAAUAGCCAGGAACAAUGGUAAGACUGUCCUUCACUCUGCGGCUAGAAUGGGGCAUUUGGAAGUUGUGAAAGCCUUACUAAGCAAGGAUCCAAGCACUGGAUUUAGGACUGACAAGAAAGGUCAAACUGCACUACACAUGGCUGUGAAAGGGCAAAAUGAAGAAAUUUUACUGGAAUUGGUGAAACCUGAUCCGGUAGUUUUAAAUCUAGAGGAUAAUAAAGGAAAUACAGCAUUGCAUAUUGCUGCAAAGAAGGGCCGUAAUCAGAAUGUCCGCUGCUUGUUAUCAACGGAGGGUAUUAAUAUCAAUGCUACUAACAAGGCGGGAGAGACUCCUCUUGACAUUGCAGAAAAAUUUGGAAGCCCAGAUCUUGUCUCCUUAAUGAGGGAUGCUGGGGCUGUUAAUUCCAGUGACCAAGGGAAACCUCCAAACGCAGCAAAGCAACUUAAGCAGACUGUCAGUGAUAUAAAGCAUGAUGUGCAAUCCCAACUCCAACAGACUCGCCAGACGGGCAUGAGAGUCCAGAAAAUCGCUAAGAAGCUGAAAAAACUCCACAUAAGUGGCCUGAACAAUGCGAUAAACUCUGCUACUGUUGUUGCCGUUCUCAUUGCCACAGUUGCUUUUGCAGCCAUCUUCACUGUCCCCGGUCAAUACGUCGAAGAGAAAGUACAGGGCUUUUCACUUGGACAAGCAAAUAUAGCAAACAAUGCAGCAUUCCUGAUAUUUUUUGUGUUUGAUAGCCUGGCAUUAUUCAUCUCUUUGGCUGUCGUGGUGGUUCAAACUUCAGUUGUUGUGAUUGAGCAAAAGGCAAAGAAACAGCUUGUUUUUGUCAUUAACAAGCUCAUGUGGCUGGCUUGCCUUUUCAUUUCCAUUGCCUUCAUUUCUCUCACUUACGUGGUAGUGGGAUCACACUCAAGAUGGCUUGCUAUAUAUGCUACAGUGAUUGGAAGCUUGAUAAUGCUCUCUACAAUUGGUUCUAUGUGCUAUUGUGUCAUUCUGCAUAGGAUAGACGAGACAAAAUUGAGGGCUGAGAGCCGUUCUUUCUCCAUGUCGCAUGCAUCAGAUCAGGAGAUUUUAAACGGUGAAUACAAGAGGAUGUAUGCACUUUAGGAUUCUAUAUGCUAUUGUGUCAUAUAUGGGUCGUUGCUACCAGGCGGCAACAUAUUAUGUAAAGACAAGCUACGAUCUACGCUAGACUACAGAAACGGUGGACAGUCCAAUGUAGUAUUAUGAUUGCCGAAUCCACAAACAGGUAAAAGGGAUCAUGUGUUGUCAAAUAUAGUAUGAUGUUAGUGAUUAGUAGGAUAAGACUUGAUUGAUUGUUGUUGUAUGUAAAAUGUGUAUUAUCCUUAUGUAUACAUUGAAAUAAAAAAAAAAUAUCUUAAGAAGUA